UAUAUUCACUCUUAGUGGUACUUUGCUUAUCCCUUUAAAUCCCCACUUUUGACUUCUGAAAAUUUUGAUUCGAUUCUGUUCUCUCUUCCGCCGUUUUCCGAUCCAGAAAAUGGACGGACUCGUCAGUAACUCGGCGGCGACUCGGUCACUUGCUGUUUCAAUUCUCGUCGCGAUUGCCGUCCUCAUCCACUUGCCCAUUCGGGUAUCCGCGGCGGCGCCUCCGCAGGAGCUGGCCGCCGGAUUCCAAGCCACGCCGGACACGGCGGUCCGGUCGUUUCAGCCUCUCCUCAACGACCCGACCGGAAACUUCUCGAUGGGAUUCCUCCGAGUCGACGCGUCUCAACUCGCCGUCGCGGUUCUCCACGUGGCGUCGUCGGAGACCAUCUGGACCGCUAACCCGACCGCCUUGGCGGCCUGGUCAGACCGGACUCUGUUCCGGUUCAACGGCAGUUUUGUACUUUCCGACGCGGAUGGGAGAGUAUUUUGGUCAACUUCCACCACCGGCGGCGACAGGGCCGUCCUUCUGAACUCGUCGAAUCUGCAAAUUCAGCUCCGCCGUGACCCGCCGGUGGUUCUGUGGCAGAGUUUCGACUUUCCGGCCGAUACCCUCGUGGAGAAUCAGAAUUUGAGCUCGGAAAUGGCGCUUGUUUCUUCUAAUCGAAUGUUCUCGGUCCGAUUGGGGGACGAUUUCAUCGGAUUUUAUGCAGAGUUCAACGAAGGGAAGAGGCAGAUUUAUUACAGACGCAGAGCAUUGCAAGCCAGAGCUCAGGUGAUUCCCGGAGGAGGACCGGUUCACCUCCUGGUAAACUCCGACGGGUAUCUCGGUAUGUACCAGAACGGAAGCAUGCCGGUGGAUUUGGAAGCAUUCAACACGUUCCAGAAAUCGGCGGACGGGUUCCUCCGGCUCCGGCUCGAACCCGACGGCAACCUUAGAGGAUUCUACUGGGAAGGUUCCAAAUGGGCAUUGGUUUACGAAGCAAUAUCGGAGMAGUGCGAGCUCCCGAAUCCAUGCGGUUCAUACGGUUUGUGCGAACCCGGUUCCGGAUGCUCAUGUCUGGACAACCGGACGGUUUUCACCUCCGAUCACUGUCUCCCGGAUGAUUCCGGUGACUUCUGCGGCGGCAUCGCUGAAAACAACUUCUGGGUUCUGCGAAGGACCGGAGUGGAAUUACCCUUCAAGGAGUUCAUGAGCUACCGAACCGGGUUCACAAUGGACCAAUGCGAGAGCUACUGCGAAGCCAAUUGCUCCUGCUGGGCCGCGCUCUUCUACAACGCCACCCGGUUCUGCUAUACCGUCGACUACCCGGUCCGGACCGUGGUCRCGGUCGCUGACGAAACCAAGACCGGCUACUUCAAGGUCCGGGCAGCGCCGGCGAGGGCGGAAGCUAAGGUAGGUCUCGAGAUCGGGCUCGGAAUUCUGGGCGGAAUCGUCGGAAUCGUGGUGGCGAUUCUUGGGUUCGCGGGUUUCCGGCUGUGGCGGCGGCGGAGGGGAAUUCGGCGGUUUUUAGGGGAAGAUGACGGGUCGGUUUCGCCCGGCCCGUAUAAGGAUUUGGGAUCCGCGAGUUUCAAAUCCAUAGAGAUGGGAAGUKGUAGUGGAUUUGGUCGGUGACGUAAUCAAUGACGUCGUUUGGGGGUUUUGGGAAAUGAUAAUUUGACCGGCAGUGAUGUAGACGCCGACCGUGGUGGGUCCCAGCAGUAACUUUUUGGCCUUUAUUUUGGUGGACUGCUUGGGGAGCCCCCUGAUUUGAAUUAUGGAGAGGAGCUUUCUUGUUGACUUUUGAAUAUUAACCAUCCAAAAAUAUCACGUGUACAUUAAAUUAAUUUUGAUUAAAUUAACACGAUAGUAUCUUGUCGGGU